AUUAAGUAGAAUUUGUAAACAUAAUUUACAAAAAAGAAGAACAUAAGCCGUAACUGUCUUUGUACAAUUAUUUCCGUAUUCAUUAUAAAAUUGUUUGAAUGCCAUGUACGAAAUUAUGUAUUAUUUUCAGAAUAAAAUGGCGCCGGACUCAGAAAAAAGACAAAUCAGUUUUCCACACCUCUAUUAUCCAGUCAAUAGGGACAAACUUCCUAAAUUACCGUCACAAUGGUUGAAUGGUAAAAAAAAACAUGACGGCGCUGAAGACCUGUGGAGGAUACAUGAUGGGCUCUACGAUUUGACUACAUUUAUUUCAACGCAUCCCGGCGGUCCUUAUUGGUUGACUUGUACGAAAGGGACAGACGUAACAGAGGUAUUUGAAACACAUCACCUCAAAGGAAUCGCUGAACAACUAUUGCCUAAAUAUUUUGUAAGAAAAGCGGCGACACCAAGAAAUUCUCCAUUCACCUUUGAAAAUGACGGGUUUUAUAAAACACUGAAAUCAAAGGUUAUGAAGAAUAUGCAUAUCAUACCAAAAGACGAGAGAAAAAAGAGUGAUACAAUAGUAACCUACUUACUAAUGGCAUUUAUUAUUUUAAGUCCUUUAUGUUGUUGGGUGACACCUGACAGUUUACUUUUAGGAGCGACAUUAAUAGUUUUAAAUGGUUAUGUCUUGUCUGCAUUAGUAUGUUGCGGUCAUAAUUAUUCUCACAGAGCAGAUAGCUGGCGAAUGUAUUUGAUGAACCUCAGUGGGAUGGGUAAUGAUGAAUGGCGAAUAUCACACGUUCUAUCGCAUCACACACAUACCAAUACUGUAAACGAUGUGGAGCUGAGUAUGCUUGAACCAUUGCUACAAUAUCUUCCGUUACGAGACAAGCCCAUUUGGGCACAAAUGGGGGCAUUCUACUGGCCUGUAAUAUACUCAUUUGCCUUCUUGAAUGGAUUAAUCAAAGAGAGUGUAGCUGCAAUUACAAAAUUUGAAGGCAAAUCCUUAACGUGGGUGUAUAUCAUACCUUUUAUUCUUCCCACUUGGAUGUGGUUAGCUGGCGGGUUGCCAUUGCUUUGGACUUUGGCUAUCUGGCAAGUUACAAAUGUUGUGGCGAGUUUCUUUUUCGUAUUUUUCGGCUUAACCGCUGGUCAUCACGCACAUACAAAUUUCUUCGAAGGAGAUAUACCAAGGAAGGAAUAUUUGGAUUGGGGUAUACAUCAACUGGAUACAGUAGUUGAGAGGAUUGAUUACGCAACCGAUCAUUAUAAAUCACUCACACGUUUUGGUGAUCACGCCCUUCACCACUUAUUUCCGACGUUGGACCACGCAGAGCUGAAAUACUUAUAUCCAAUUUUUAUGGAUCACUGCAAGAAGUAUGAGACGGAACUCCGUAUGACCACAUUUUAUCAAGCAGUCAUCAGUAACGUAAAACAAAUUAUUAGAAAGAGACCUAUAGAUUUAAGGGAUACAUCACGGCGAUCAAACGGUAUCGAAAAAAAAUUAAUUAUGUAUAAAAAAUAGUUUGCUUGUUUCUUAGUUCUUUCUUAAUGAUGAUAAUAUUGUAGACACUUCCUCAAGUUACAAGUUACAAAUUUAUUUCCUCAAGUUAAAAUGUUAAAUCGCGAAUCCAAUCACGAACAAGUUAAG